AUGCCUCCUCCUGCCCCUCUUGUGCCCGAGCGCUGGAAAGCCGAAUUUGAUGAUCGCUAUCAAGAAUGGUACUAUGUCAACCUUCACACCGGGCGCUCACAAUGGGAACGACCAGACCGACCAGCCCAGCCUGAUGGUGCGGCUCCGCCUCCCCAGGGUCCCCCGCCCAGUUACGAGGCCACCACGCGUAAUCGACAAGAUCCAGAUCCACGAACUCGGGAUCGUCCGGAUCCCUACUACUACUCCUCCCCACGGCCUGCGUCGCAGUCCACAUACACGCCGAAUCGAGGGGAAAUCCCCUACGGCUACCCGCAGCCCCAGUACGGGUAUAAUGGCUAUGGCUAUAACCCUGUGUAUCCCCCGCAACCCGCUUAUCCCAAUCAGUAUCCCACUGCAUACCAGAACGGCCCGGAUCAAGCCCAAGCUCCGCGCAACCAGAAGCAGAAGAAAGGCAUGGGGAAGAUGGGGGCGGCUGCCCUGGGAGUGGGCGGAGGAUUGCUGGGAGGAUUCCUGCUCGGAGAAGGCAUCGAGGCGUUGGAGGAUGAUUUUGAUCGUCCACCACCCCCAGGCCCGGACUUUGACGACUUUGGGGGAGACUUUGGUCCAUUCUAG